GGUUUCUAAAAAAUAUUUGUGCAAUAAAAUUUUAGUGAGAACUAUUUUGGCAUAAAGUGAAGUGGUGGUGUAUAUUUAUAAACGAUAUAUACAUUAUAAUUGCAAGUUGUCAUGGCGGCCAUGGGAUCGACCAAUAGGAACGCUCGAUGCGUCGGUUGUUAAAGUGUUCUUUUUCGCUUUGCGAUACGCGUCAUUUAAGUAUUGAGUGAUUUUUUGCAGAAGUGAUUAAUUUCAUCUUGUUUAAUAACAGUAAACGCUGAAAAUGACAUGAGAAAGCAUGUUUGUGCAAGAAAAAUGCAAAGCAUCGAAGCACAAUGUAUUUUGUGUUGUUUAUCACGUGACCUAUCCGAUUAUUAUGGCGGAAAGAUCGGACAACGACCAUAAAGUAAAAUUUUGACAUUCCCAUUUGUUGUUUGUCGUUUGUUUUCCUAAUCUACCACGUGUAUUUUAUUCAAAGAUUGACAGUUGACCCCAAGGAUGUCAACAAGAGGUAUGAAAAAGAGGGGGCGUCCCCCUAAGGUCCAAGUAGCAGAAAGAACCAAAAAAUUUCAGAUACACCUCCUUAAGAAACCCAAAUAUUUGUUAAAUUAUAAAGGUCCAGACUCUCAGUCAAGUACUCCAACAGCUUCUAGAGCAUCUUCCCCACAUGAGAGUGAGUCUAGUAGGCGUAGUAGUAAUAGAAUUAGGGGUAAAGAUGGACAUAGAGCUGGUCGAAAAUCUGGUUAUGCUGGAUCUGUUUAUCAACGUAGGGGCUACAAUACGGCCCCGAAUGACUAUCAUGAAUCUGAGUACCAUUAUGGCUCGGAUUUUGGAGAUGAUUCCAGUGAAAACAAAAGUGAUAUUGAAGAUGAAAUGGCGUUGAGCGAGAGUGAAUCUGAAGGAUCUGUGCCUGACCGGGGUAGUGAUAGUGACUUUUCAUUAAGUGGUUAUAGUACUGUUAGUGGAACUCCUCGUAAAUGUUACAGUUUGAAUAGGGCGCCCACGCCAGAUCCUCCUUUAUGGCUACAAAACCGAGAAAUACCUCCCCUAGUUUUACCUAAGUCUUCAGAUGAUUUAUUAGUACCUAAGGAAGAAAUAAUGGAAGUGCUUAGUAUAUAUGAAGUAUUAAGACAUUUUAGAAACCUGGUAAGAUUAUCUCCAUUUAGAUUAGAAGACUUCUGUGCUGCUAUAAUGUGCGAAGAUCAGAGUAGUCUUUUGGCUGAAAUUCAUAUUAUGUUACUCAAAGCUUUAUUAAGAGAGGAAGAUUCACAGCAGACUCAUUUUGGACCUCUUGACCAAAAAGAUAGUGUAAAUAUAUCUUUGUACCUGGUUGAUUAUAUUACUUAUCCUGAAGUUUUAAGAGCUUAUAUAGAAAGUGACAAAAGCUUUGAUCAAAAGGUAUUAGAAAUUCUUUCUACUACAGAUUAUCCUUUCUCGACACUUGAGGAUAGAAUAAAAGUUCUUCAAUUUUUAACAGACCAAUACUUGACUACAAACCAUGUAAGAGAGGAUUUGAUCAGUGAAGUAUCUAUUGGAUAUGAUGACCACUGUCGAAUAUGUCACAAGCUUGGAGAUCUACUGUGCUGCGAAACAUGCCCAGCAGUAUACCAUUUGGGAUGUGCUGAUCCCCCCUUGACUUCUGUUCCUUUAGAUGAUUGGCAAUGCCCACUAUGCAGAUCUCACAAGGUCUCAGGAGUUGUUGAUUGUGUUCGAGGCUUGGAGAAACAGGGACUAUUAUCCAGACAGGAGCCUUUAGGAUAUGACAGACAUGGAAGAAAAUAUUAUUUUCUGUGCAGAAGGCUGUUCGUUGAAAGUCAAGAAGGUGAAAUCCAUUAUUACUCAACUCCUCUUCAGUUCCAAGAAGUAAUGAAGACCCUUGAUGCCAAAGAUAUGGAGAGUGUUUUAUACAGGGAGCUACAAGAUCUUAGCAGUGAAAUAACAAAACAUAUGGAGUUGACAGAAAAGCUCACUAACCAAUAUAAAGCUAACAAAAAGACCUAUCUUGAUGCUGAGAAUAGUGCUAUUAUUAAAAUGAAUAAAGAAAAAGAGGAAAAGUUAGAGGAAGAAAGGCGUCAGUUGGAGAAACAAGAUGUUGAAAAUGAAGUAGAAAAGAUGGAAGAAAUUGAAACCACUGAAGUACCAAUGGAUGUAGAAAAUACUGAGGUUGUAACUACAUCAACGUUAGAAAGUACAAUUGAUAAUAGUGAAACAGAGAAGGAAGAUGAGAAUAAUAAAAAUAAAGAAGUGGUUACGAGAUCUAAAACUGGUGCCUUAGUACCUAGAACUUUUAAUCUGGAUGACUUAAGAAAGAAGACCUUGGGCCUCUUAAACAGAGAUGAUACUGAUGAGUCGAGAAUGACAAGGUUAAAAUCUAGUCAAAUGGCCAAUGGCACAUAUUUGUUUAAACUUGGCAUGGAAAACUCAUUUAAAAUGUAUGUUAACCAAUUCACAGUAAACGCAAUUGCCUUAAAUAAACCCCAGAAAAAUGAAGAAAGAGAUAAGAAAAGACAUCUUUCUCAUAAAUUCUCACUGACUCCUGCUUCUGAGUUCAAAUGGAUAGGAGCAUGUAGCGGUUCCAAAACUCUUAUGUCAAAUACUUUGAGACAGUCUAUUUUACAACUUGAACAGCAAGUUCAAUCUUCUUUUAUGCAUCCCAACUGGCAUCUGCUAAGGAAACACUGGUUGAAUCUAGUCUCAAAUUGCCAACAACCAAAGGAUUUUGCUAGAGUUCUUGUUGUACUGCAAGCUUGUAUUAAACCUGUUGUCUUUGCUAAUGUGUGGCAUGAACACCUGGGACAUAUUAAGUUAGCUAGAGUUACUGCAACUGAAAGGGAGGAGCGAAAGAAGCUAGAGAAGAGGGAAAAGAAGGAAAGGGAAGAAGAGGAAGAGAGGAAUAGAAUGAUCAUUAGUGGUUAUGUGAAAUAUACAAUGAGUUUUAAGCACCAGUUGUGGAAACAGAAAGGUGAAGAGUAUAGAAUUCAUGGAAGGUGGGGUUGGUUGUGGAUUAGGACACCUAGAAAUUUUCAGCAUGUUGAUUGUAGGCAACUAGGCUUAGCCUCACCUCAGAAAAUAAUGGUACAAAUAAAAGAUAGCAAAGGAACUAAGGUAAUGUCACUAGAUCCAGCAGCAUACAAAUUUCUUAAGUCUAGUAAUUUAAAUGAUACAGAUGUUCCAAAUUCCCUGAAAAACAUUGAAAUUGUCCCUUCUGUGAAACAAUUUGAACAAAUUAAUGUCAGUAAAGCUCUAACUGCAACUGGUCGAAUAUUAUAUCCAAAAGUUGCAAAAAAAUCAAAAUUAGAUACUUUAUUGGCAAGAAGAAUCCAACUUAAAAAUAUGGAAGAACAGAAAAUUUCAACAUCAAAAUCAGAUGGAGUCAAAAAAGAGGAAGAUGUUGAUGUAGAAACAGAAGAAGAGCCCGUCAGUGAAGGUAUUGACAAGCAACUAAAUAAUUUGAUGACUGGGAAAGUUGUUUUACCAAAUAAUAGUCAACAAACUCCAGCCCCAAAUAGAGAUGUACUGAAUUCUAUAGCAAAACGUAUUAACCUUUUAAGAACUCAGUAUACCUCCAUUGCCAGGUUAGCUAAAGAUUUUCAAUGUUAUGUUAAAGGAUGCAAUUCUGGGGCGGGUAACAGUAUAGAAACUACCUGUUAUUCACCUCUUUGUAUGCAGAGAGUACGAGUGAGAAAAGAUCUGUUAAGUUUACUAAGAAAAGCAAAUCUAGCAACAAAUUCACCAAAUAAACUGAUCACAAUACAGGCACCAGCCAGUGUAAUAAAAAAGCCAUCAAUUUUAGAACAAACCCUAAAGGCACCCCAAUUGAGUUUAUUACCUAAAGAAAACAAAGAAACUCUUCCUUUAACAAGAGAAAAUAUCUGCAAAGGAUUGGUUACUGCUUUAGACACAGCUGCUAAAGUAGAAGAUCAGAGCGACAUUUAUGUACCUGUCAAAGAUCUUAAACUUGAAGUAAAAUCAGAACCACAAGAGAUGGAUUUGAAUAAAAUAUCUGCUGAAACAGUAAAAGAAAUGAUUUUAGGAGGAAACCCUUCUAAAACUAUGACACAUACCGUAACUACAACAUCCACAGUUACCACUAGCACAACAGUAGUUGAUGGAACAGUGAGAAAGUUAUCUUGUUCUGAAAACAUAACAGAUGUUGUUACAGUAACCAGUUCAUCAAAUAAUGGAUCAACUAGUUCGUUACAAACUUUCAAUAGCAGGACUACCGCAUACAGUGCCCAACAAAACAGAAGAUUUUGUGCUUUUAAACUAGGCACAAAAAGAGAAGAAAAAACUAUUAAAGCAGAACGUGCAGAAGAUGGAACUGAAAGAAUAUAUUCAACCCAAAGUACUGAAGGGAAAAUAGUAUUAAAGAAAGUACCUUCUAUGGACAAUAAACGCAAAACCAAACAGAUAGUAAAAUAUCCAGCCUGUUCUUCCUUUAAAACAUUAAAAAGUUGUUCCUCAUUAUUAGUACUACCACCUCAUGAUACUAGAAAAUUAGGAAGAAAUGCUGGAAGGAUAUAUAUUCCUGGUUUCCAUGCUUUGGCAAAAGCAAAUCAUAGUGUUUGGCCAUAUCCCUGCUCUAGACCACUAUUCAAAACAUGCUGGGUCUUUAGAACAGUCAAUCUGAAAUCCCUAGCUUGUGCUGCUCUUCAGUUGAAGAUAUUGUGGGCUUGCUUAAGGUGGGAUGACAUGCAAGUGAAGCCACAGAAUGCUGAUGGAAAACACCAGAUCACUACAGAGACUGAAAUUUUAUCCUUGGAACUUUUGAAGCAUAGGCAUAAGGGAAGGUUCCUGGAGAAGACACAGUAUCUGAGAAGAAAGGUUGUGAUUCCUUUGGAGCUUCCAAAAACUGUUCGAGAAGUAACAUCUAUAAGAAGUGGACUUAGAAAAAGAAAGCGACCAGAAUCACCACAGAAUAUGGAUCCUCAGGUCUCUGAAGAAUGGGUGGAUGAAGAUAAACUAGAGUUGUGGGAAAUUAAGCAAUAUGGAGAAAAGAUCGAAAAGGUUAAUCAGCAAGUUAUAACUAGGAGUCGUACCGGCAAUCUUCCGCCAGCCAAACCGACCAUCGAAGCUCCCGAUAUCAAAGUGGCGGUCAGCGGUAAGGCUACGCCGGAAGAGAUCAAGGAGAAGAUGGAGCAACAGCUGCGCCUACAGAGAGCCGCUCACCAACAGAAGAGGGCUCUCGAAGUCAAGAAUUUGGGAUUGAAGAGCGGCGUGUUGGAGAUGGUGGGCAGUACGGCUCAAUUGACGACUAGCGAUGGUCAAGUGAAGAUAGUGAAGAACGUCGUAGUUCCAAGCCAGGCCAUAGUCAGUGGUAAAAAUACUCUAACCUCAUUACUUACUUCGAAUACUACUAAAUUGGCCGGUCGAAGGAUAUUGAUGACAAAGGGACCUGAUGGUACCACGAGGGUCAUAACGGGCUCCACUAUAAUACCUAAGACAUUACCUACAACACAACAAAGCUUGAUAAAAGCUCCUGCGGUUACCGGAGCACAACUGGUGCAAACGCCCACGCAGAGUCAACAGCCAACAACUUCAACUUCAACUUUAGCCAACUCGCAACCGCAAACGCCGCAAUCUACCAAAGAUACUCCGCAACGUGUCCAAAUAAUGCGCAUGCCCGAUGGCCGCAUCAGCGUCAAAGGUCUUCUACCUGGACAACAGCUCGUUCAAUAUCCGGACGGUAAGCUUCAGGUAUUAACAACAUCACAACUCCAAUCGUCCGGUAUCGUAACGUCCAAACCGCCAACUCCAGUGACAACAACUCCCAAAGCUAUCAUUAAACAGACUAUACAAACUUCCGCAGGUACUAGGGCUAUUGUUCAAUCGUCUCCAGUCGUAAAGCAAGCCAUCAUUGGUCAACCCCAGGUUCAAACUCCACAAGCUGUGAAGAGUGCACAACCGCAAGUAUCCACUCCUCAGUCUCAACCUCAACAAGUAAUUAUUAAGCAGAGUUCUGGUCAACCAUUGGUGCAAAAACUCGCUCAAGGAAAUGUUGUUUUGGGAGCUGGAGGACAAGUUGUACAACAGCAGGUACUGCUGAGCACUAAUCAAGUCAUCAACCAAAAUGGACAACAGGUUAUAACAAACCAAAUUGUCGUCAAUAACCAGUCACUAGCCCAGCAAUUGGCUACGGGAAAAGUUCAAGUAGCUACAAUUAACGGCCAACAAGUACUAAUUAGACCAACUGGUAAUAACCAAGCCCAGGUUGUCGCCCAAUUAACUCCUGGACCCGUUACUCAAACAGUGCCACAAGCACAAACUCCGGUUAAACAGGUUAUUCGGCAAGCAGAACCUCAGCAGCAAGCGCAGCCGCAACAACAGCAACAAGCGCAGCCGCAACCGCAAGUGCAACAGCAACCGCAACCUGCCCAACAGCCACCAACGUCAACACACCAAGCUAUUCAGCAAGCUUUACAGAGUCCAACAAAACCGGCACAGGAUAAUCACAUCGAUCAGGCAACCAUGGAUCAGUUAAUGACAGGUCAGCCGCCCGGAACGGUCAUUAAAUGUGUCACCGCGCAGGUUAUCCAAACCCAGCAAGGUCCCAGGAUCGUUCUACAGGGUCUACAAGGAGCUGACUUUACUCCUCAACAGCUAGCAGCUGUCCAACAACAAGUUAAACAACAGUUACUUAAAGCUCAAGCUUCAACCGGCAAGCAAGGGGUAUUGGGUCCGACCAAGAUCUAUCUCGCGGUACAGCCCAGCAGUACAGAACCGUCAACGGAAACGACAUCAACAAAUCCUCCGCCUUUGGCCCCCGUACAACAAACCACCGCUCCCGCUCAGCCAGUUGUUACCCAACAAGUCGUCAACCCUACUGUCGUAACUCCGAAACAAACACCCGUUAAGCAUAUACAGCAACAGGCUGGCGAUGUUCCUUCCCACGUGCGGCAGAUACUAGUAAAUGGUCAGCAAGCCCAAACGUCAGCCCUGUUGCAACCCAUCAAACAAGUAGCCGAAAACCAAUCGCAGCAGUCCCAGUUGGUUUCUACGCAAUCUCAGUUACAGUCGUCCACUCAGCAGCCACAUUCUCAGCAGCAACGGGUAGUGACCUCAAGUGCCGACGCCAACAAGCAGUUCGUGGUGACUCCAGAUUAUAUUCAGCAAACGAUCAAAACGGCACUGAAACAAGAAAACCUAAAUCCGGAAAUCGAAGAGAAACUACUUCAACUUCAAAGGUAUCAGGAGCGGCAGAUGAAACACGAACCCGAAGUUCCCGCCCCGGUCGUGAAACUCAGUCAACCGAUCGUCAACUCCCGACAUCCGACCACGUCUCGAAAACGGCCUUUAAGUUCCUCCAAAAAUGAAGACGCUGACUGGGUUAUGGAAACUCCGAAGAGGAGCCGACCGAAUAGGACCGUUGAGGUGAAGAAAGUCGAAGUGGAACCACAACAUGAGCCCGCCAAAGAAAAAAUAGUUUCUCCCAGGACUAAGGUGAAAAUAAAGGAAGUUUGUGACUCCGAAAGAAAAGUUACAAAGCUGAUGGUUAUGCUGUUCAGGCACAAAGAAAUGCUGAAGAAGGAUAUUCUCAGGAAACGAGCUCUCUUAGAAAAAGAAUUGCAGUAUGAAAUUCAGCGGGAGGUGACAGAAGAAUUAGCUGCACGCACGAAAAUCGAAAGGACCAAGCAGGAUGAAGUACGAACUGGUAGUAGUAAGAGAAAAUCUGCUGCUACAGCUACCACAGCUGCCAUUACACCUCCUCAACCAAAGACUUCCACCUCCUCGUCCUCUUCGAGACACAAGAAGACACCAAAACAUGGAACUCCAGUGAAACAAGGACCUUCUCCACCUACUACAACUACUCCAUCCAAAGGACACAACAAACGAGAGAAGGUGUAUUGCAUUUGUCGAACACCUUAUGAUGAAACUAAGUUUUAUGUGGGUUGUGAUCUAUGCAAUAACUGGUUCCAUGGUGAUUGUGUUGGCAUAACAGAAGAAAGUAGCAAGACGCUAACAGAGUUUAUAUGUAAUGAAUGUAAGCAGGCCAGAGAUUCACAAAAGUUGUACUGUUUGUGUCAACAACCCUAUGAUGAUUCACAAUUCUAUAUUUGCUGUGAUCGUUGUCAAGACUGGUUCCAUGGAAGGUGUGUGGGCAUUCUGCAGUCAGAAGCAGAUAAUAUUGAUGAAUAUGUAUGUCCAAGGUGUCAGAGGAACAAUUCCGUCAACUUUGCAAAUAUGAAAGAUUUGCAGGCUAAGGACCAUGAAGGAUUGAGGAAGCUUAUCAAGCAAUUGCAGGUUCACAAGAGUGCCUGGCCAUUUAUGGAACCCGUGGAUCCAAAUGAGGCUCCAGAUUAUUACAAAGUGAUAAAAGAACCUAUGGACUUGCAAAUGAUCGAAACAAAAAUAAACGAUCAGGUCUACACAAAACUGAGCGAGUUCAUCGGUGACAUGACGAAAAUUUUCGAUAACUGUAGAUAUUACAACCCCAAAGAAUCGCCGUUCUACAAGUGCGCAGAAUCGUUAGAGGCGUAUUUCGUCAACAAGAUAAAAUGUUUUCGGGACAAACUGUAUGAAAAACAAUAAGUGAACUUUAAUAUAACAAAAGAUUUUUUAAAUUUUUUCUAUAUAUAAGCUUUCCAGAAGACUUUCAGCAGGUCUGAACGAUCUCAGCUUUAUUAAAUUUUGUAGUAUUUGGUCUAUUAUUGUUAGUGAUCUGCUAAAAGUCUUGAAUGUAAAUAUAUAUUUAAAACCGUAGAGUUCUGUGAAUAUGUGUAUGAAUGAAAUUUUAUUUUGUAGUUAUUUUGAUAUAAUUUUGUUAUUUAUUCCUAAUUAUUUAAAUUGAUUUUUAAGUCUUUGCCAAUGUGUAUAUGUAAUUCUAUAAUAAAAUCAAAUAUCAAAU